GGGCUGGGAAGGGGACCCUGGGAAGGUUCACCUUAUGGGGGGGGGAGACGGGGGGGUGCCCUCCCUCCCAGCGCCUCCAUGGUGAGGGUCCCCCAACAAGGCGAGGGGUGUCUCUGCACCCCCCUGCACCUAAGUGUGUCCCCCCCGCCACCUGGAGCUGCACCCAGCAAUAGUGGGGGGGUCGGGGGGGGAGGGUUCAGCCCACGGUGAACUUUGGCUGCGGGCUCUGCCCCGGCGCAGGGGGAGGAGCGGCUGCAGCCCCCCCGGCUCAGACAGCCACAGCCACAGCAGCGCCCAGAGCUCUCUGAAGCCCCCUGCCAUGUGGCUGUACAUCUUACUGGUGGCACUGGCCUGGGCGCUGGGCUGGCUGGUGCGGGACCGCCAGACCUUGCCCUCGGUGAAGGACAAACACGUCUUCAUCACGGGCUGCGACAGCGGCUUUGGCAACCUGCUGGCGCGGCGGCUGGCCCGGAGGGGCUACCGUGUGCUGGCCGCCUGCCUGACCCAGGACGGGGCCGACGGGCUCCAGCGGGGCUGCCCCGGCCACCUCCGCACCAUCCUGCUCGACGUCACCCGCUCCGACAGCGUCCGCCGGGCAGCAGAGUGGGUGCGGGCAGAGGUGGGCGAGAAAGGUCUGUUCGGGCUGGUGAACAACGCGGGGGUGACGCGCCCCAUGGGCCCCACGGAGUGGAUGGGGGUGGAGGAUUACCGGCGGGCGCUGGCCGUCAACGCGCUGGGCGCCGUGGAGGUGACGCUGGCGCUGCUGGGGCCGCUGAAGCGGGCGCGGGGCCGCGUCGUCAACACCUCCAGCGUGCUGGGCCGCCUGCCCGCCGCGGGCGGGGGGUACUGCCCCUCCAAAGCCUGCCUCGAGGCCUUCUCGGACAACCUGCGGCGGGACAUGUACCACUUCGGGGUCAAGGUCAGCAUCGUGGAGCCCGGGUUCUUCAAGACGCCGGCGACCGACCUGGAGAGCAUCGAGGGGUCCCUGCGGCAGCUCUGGGGCCGCCUGGCCCCCGAGACGCGGCUCAGCUACGGCGAGGAUUUCUUCCACAAGUACCUGAAGGUGCAGCGCCUCAUCAUGACGGCGCUCUGCGACGGGGACCUGACCAAGGUGACGCGCUGCGUGGAACACGCGCUGGGGGCCCGGCACCCCCGCACCCGCUACAGCGCCGGCUGGGACGCCAAGCUGCUCUGGCUGCCGGCGUCCUACCUGCCCGCCUGCCUCGUCGACUUCGUCCUGGCCACCAUCCUGCCCAAGCCGGCCCACCGCGUCCGCUAGUCCCCUGCUGUGGCCACCGACCGCCCCCCGCAAAGCUCCAGGACCAACCCCCCCCCCCCCCCCCCCCAAAAUCUGCAAAUAAACCGCCCAGGCUGGG